GCUCUGGCAGCUCUGAAGCUUCGUCUCUUUCUCUCAUCGCACUUUUAUACAUCACUUCUUGCAUCUACAGAGCACUUCAACUGCUCAUCAUCACAUGCCGAAUUCGGACCCAGCCACCCAUAAGCCCCAGAGCCGUCACAGAUCAACUACCAGUCUAUCCCUACGACUCCUCCUUUCUUCGUUCUCAAUUCUCAUCCUGGCCCUCUUCUCUCUCCGAGCCAUCCCUCGAGUGGCUCUCCUCAAGAACCACCUCUUCUCAUCUUCUUCCUCUGCCUCUGCCUCUUCCUCUGUCUCUGUCUCUCCUUCCACCGCUUCGACCAUCAUCAUGUCCUACGCGAAGGAGCUCCGAGUCGCCCAGGUGGCCGUCCAGCGCGCCACUCUCCUCACCAAGCGUGUCUUCCAUGAGAAGGCCAAAGGCACCGUUGACAAGUCCGACAAAUCCCCCGUCACAAUAGGCGAUUUCGGCGCCCAGGCCCUCAUCAUCGCCGCCCUGCGUCACAAUUUCCCAGACGACGCCAUCGUCGCCGAGGAAGAAGCCGCCCAGCUCCGCGCGGACCCCAACCUGGCCGACCAGAUCUGGUCCCUCGUCCGCGAUACGCGCCUCCCCGACCCGGCCGCCGAGGAACUCCUAGGCGGCUCCGUCCCCAACCUCGACGCCAUGCUCGACCUCAUCGACCGCGGGAACAGCCCCGGCGGCGCCCACGGCCGCAUCUGGGCCAUCGACCCCAUAGACGGCACCAAGGGCUUCCUCCGCGGCGGCCAGUACGCCGUGUGCCUCGCCCUCCUCGUCGACGGCCAAGUCCAAGUCGGCGUCCUCGGCUGCCCCAACCUCCCCAUUGACGACUCGGCCCCCCUCUCCGCCGAUAUCGGCGUCGAUGCCUCCGACGAGGACGGCCGCGGCGUCCUCUUCUCCGCCGUGCGCGGCGGCGGCGCCCACUCCGCCCCGCUGUCCGCCCCGACGGCCGCUAAACCCAUCUCCAUGCGUCCCGUCUCCGACAUGACCGCCGCCACCUUCUGCGAGAGCGUCGAGGCCGCCCACAGCGCCCACGGCGACCAGGCCGAGAUCGCCCGCCGCCUCGGCAUCUCCCGCCCCAGCGUCCGCAUGGACAGCCAGAGCAAGUACGGCAGCAUCGCCCGCGGCGCUGGCGACAUCUACCUCCGUCUCCCCGUCAAGGCGACCUACCAGGAGAAGAUCUGGGACCACGCCGCCGGCGACUUGAUCGUUCGGGAGGCCGGCGGCCAGGUCACCGACGUGGACGGCAAGGCGCUCGACUUCUCCGUCGGGAGGACCCUCGCCAAUAACAAGGGUGUCGUUGCCGCCCCCGCCGCCGUGCACGGGGAGGUGCUCAAGGCGGUGCAAGAUGUGCUGCGCCAGAAAUCGACAGCCGCAUGAUGUCGCCAUGUAUAUUAUUUUUUUCUUCAUCUUUUAUGAUUUGUCUUGUCAACGACACCGCAUUGAGAAGUCUCGGGGAGGAAUCCAAAAAGCAAUACUAAGUAUAGUAGUACACCCGUAACGUACAUAGACGAGAUAUUUAUACACGGGAACGGAACAACGGGGGAAAGGCGGGUGCACCCAGCCCGAUCCCCAACCUCUCCGUCGUGUUCGUCCC